GGUGGUUUUUAUUGGCAGAAUGGCUUGCCCCCCACAGUCGGAUGAGCUGAUAUUUUUUGUGAAUGGCAGAAAGGUAAUUGAAAGGUGUGCUGAUCCUGAAGAACUGCUGCUUAAUUACCUGAGAAAGUGCCUCCGUCUCACCGGAACCAAGUAUGGCUGUGGAAUUGGAGGCUGUGGAGCCUGCACGGUCAUGGUCUCUACGUACGACCCCGACUCCAAGAAGAUACGGCAUUUCCCAGCCAACUCUUGCCUGCUCCCGUUAUGCUCAUUGCAUGGUGCUGCAGUGACCACCGUGGAAGGAGUCGGAAACACAAAAACCAAGCUUCAUCCUAUUCAGGAAAGGCUCGCCAAGUGCCACGGCUCCCAGUGUGGCUUCUGCACCCCCGGGAUGGUGAUGUCGAUGUAUUCUCUGCUGAGGAACCAUCCGGAACCCACCAUGGAGCAGAUUUCAGCUGCACUGGAUGGUAAUUUAUGCCGUUGUACAGGGUACAGACCUAUAAUUGAUAGCUUCAGUGCUUUCUCGCAGGGGUCCUGUCCUCUGGCAGGCAGUGGGAAAUGUUGCUUGGAUCAAGAAGAUGUGAAAGAGAAAGAAAAAGAAGAAGAUUUAGCUCCAGAACCUAAAAGAGGAGAUCAGAUGUGUUCAGGUCUAUGCCCGCCAGAGGACUUCCAGCCCACGGACCCAACCCAGGAUUAUAUAUUUCCUCCAGAACUUAUGAGAAUGGCUGAAGAAAGCAAACAAAGAACUCUGGUUUUCAACGGAGAAAGGACUACAUGGAUUUCUCCUGUAGCACUCCAGGAACUUCUGGGCCUAAAAGCCAAGUACCCAAAUGCCCCUCUUGUUGUAGGGAACACAAGUAUAGGAAUUGAUGUGAAAAAGCUGGGUGUUUAUUAUCCAGUUAUCCUUCAUCCUGUUCGGGUUCCAGAUCUGCAUGUUGUCUACAGGACAGACAAUGGGCUAGUGAUAGGUGCAGCAAUUCACUUGGCCCAGCUGAGGGACAUCCUGUUAAAUGUGGUCCCAGAACUCCCAUCAGAAAAGACGAAGAUUUACUGUACUCUGUUGAAGCAGCUGAGAACCCUUGCAGGAGAACAGAUCAGGAAUCUGGCAUCCUUAGGAGGACACAUUGUAAGUAGAGGAUCACCCUGGGAUCUGAACCCUGUCCUAGCUGCUGGGAAAGCUAUUCUCAAUAUGGCAUCAACAGACGGAACACAACAGAUUCCCCUUAAUGGCGAAUUCCUCACACGAUUGCCAGAGGCAGACCUUUCACCAAAAGAAGUCAUAGUCUCGGUUUUUAUUCCAUUCUCAAAGAAGGAUGAAUUUGUGUCCGCCUUCCGACAGGCCGAGCGGAGGAAGAAUGCGUUGUCCGUGACCAAUUCUGCAAUGCAAGUCCGGUUCCAGCCGGGCACUGACGUCAUUGAGGACCUGACUGUUUUAUAUGGAGGCAUUGGCUGUACCACAGUGAGCGCCCCGGUCACCUCGCGGAAGCUACGAGGAAGAAAAUGGAAUGAGCAGACGUUGGAAGACGCUUGCAGGCUCAUUCUUGAAGAAAUCCAACUCUCUCCUUCAGCACUGGGUGGAAAAGUGGAAUACAGGCGAACUCUGCUUGUCAGCUUCUUUUUCAGAUUCUAUUUGGAAGUGCUGCAGAGUUUAAAGUACAUGUACCCGUCCAAGUAUCCUGGAUUGCCAAAGGAAAACUUGAGUGCCUUAGGCGAGUUCAUUGACCAUCCCCCACAGGGCAUGCAAGAAUAUCAGGAUGUGGACCCUCAGCAGCCUCCUCGGGACCCUGUGGGACGUCCCAUCAUGCAUCAGUCAGGGAUUAAGCAUGCCACUGGUGAGGCAGUCUACACCGAUGACAUUGGUCCAAUUGAUGGACAGCUCUACAUGGCUGUGGUCACCAGCACACGAGCCCACGCAAAGAUUCUAUCCAUCGAUACCUCUGAGGCCUUAGAAACACCAGGGGUGGUCACUGUGGUAUCAGCUGCUGAUAUUCCAGGGGAAAAUGGUGAUGAAAACGAGAAAGUGUUUGCUGAAGAUGAGGUAAUAUGCUUUGGUCACAUUAUCUGCGGUGUGGUCGCAGAGACCUAUGAACUUGCAAAGGAAGCCACCAGAAAAGUGAAGAUACAGUAUCAAGACCUGGAAGCGAUUCUGACAAUUGAGGAUGCCAUAAGGCAUAAUUCAUACCUCCUAGAAGAAAAGAAAAUAGAACAAGGAAAUGUUGACAAAGCAUUUCACACAGUAGACCAAAUUAUUGAAGGUGAAUGCCAUAUUGGAGGGCAAAAACAUUUUUACUUGGAAACAAAUAGUACUGUUGUCAUUCCGAGAAAAGAGGACAAUGAAAUGAUAGUCUAUGUCUCCACGCAGGAUGCUUCGAAUGUACAGCAACUGGUGGCUUCGACGUUGGGUGUCCAGUCAAAUAGGAUCAGGUGCCACAUGACACGAGCCGGUGGAGCUUUCGGGGGGAAAAUAACAAAGCCUUCGUUUUUUGCCGCUGCCGCAGCUGUAGCAACACACAAGACUGGCUGUCCAAUACGUUUUAUUAUGGAACGAGAUUAUGACAUGUUCAUAACUGGAGGCCGACACCCUUUUUUGGGGAAAUAUAAGGUGGGAUUCAUGAAUGAUGGUAAAAUCCAAGCUGCUGAUCUUGUGUACUAUAUAAAUGCCGGAUGUACAAAAGAUAUUUCUGAAAUGGUGAUAGACUUCAUGGUGCUAAAAAGUUUUAAUGCUUAUGACAUCCCCAACUUCCGAUGUUGCGGACGUACCUGCAAGACUAAUUUGCCAUCGAAUACCGCAAUGCGAGGAUUCGGUUUCCCACAAUCGGGCCUCUGUACAGAAAUAUGGGUUGAGGCUGUGGCGGACAAGCUCGGCUUGCCUCAUGAUAAGGUCCGGGAGAUGAACAUGUACAAAACAGUUACUGUCACUCCCUACAAAGAAAAGAUUGAUCCCCAGAAUAUGGUCAUAUGUUGGAAAGAAUGCUUGGAGAGGUCUGAUUACUACAACAGAAGAAAAGCAAUCGAGGAAUUUAACAAACAAAACUACUGGAAGAAGAAAGGGAUUGCGGUCAUUCCCAUGUUGUUUUCAAAUGGAGCCAAUGAAACAUAUUACCAUCAGGCUGCAGCUCUGGUGAACAUCUAUUUAGACGGAUCUGUAUUGGUGCACUGUGGUGGAUCUGAACUGGGACAAGGGCUUUACACAAAGGUGUUACAGGUUGCCAGCCAUGAAUUAAAGAUACCCUUGUCUUACAUACAUAUUUUUGAAAGAAAUACCGCUCCAAUACCCAACGCACUUACCACAGCGGGAGCUGUUUCCACGGAAUGCAACUGCAAAGCAGUCCAGAACGCUUGCCAAAUUCUCCGGAAGCGCCUCUGGCCAGUCAUUAAAAAAAAUCCACAGGGCAAAUGGGAAGAAUGGAUUAAAAAAGCUUUUCAGGAAAGCAUCAACCUCUCGGCUGCUGGCUACUUCCCGGGAUAUCCCACCAAUAUGGACUGGAAGACUGGAGAAGGCCAUGCUUUUCCAUAUUUCGUUUUUGGUGCUAGUUGUUCUGAAGUUGAGAUUGACUGCCUGACAGGGGAUCAUAAGAAUCACCAAACAGACAUUGUUAUGGAUGCCUGUUACAGCAUCAAUCCAGCAAUCAACAUAGGACAGAUCGAAGGCGGUUUUAUGCAGGGACUUGGAUUUCUUACAUCAGAAGAAGUAAAAUUCUCCCCAGAAGGACAGCAGUACACUCUUGGUCCAGACACGUAUAAAAUCCCUGCUGUUUGUGAUGUCCCAGAACAGCUGAGAAUCUACUUGCUGCCAAACACAAGAAACCCAAUUGCCAUCUACUCCUCCAAGGGUUUGGGAGAAGCUGGAGUAUUCAUGGCGUCCUCCGUGUUCUUCGCGAUCAAGGAUGCUGUGGCUGCAGCCCGGAAGCAAAGAGGACUGAAUGACAUUUUUGUCCUGGACAGUCCGCUGAACGUAGCGAGGAUUCGCAUGGCAUGUGCCGAUCAUUUCACAGAGAUGAUUCCAAAGGAUGAACCUGGGACCUAUAAGCCUUGGGCUAUCGACGGGACCUAA